GAUUUAUUGACUUCGCCUAAAGUUAAUGUUUUGGUCCGGUGUGUGUGUGUGUCUGUUUGUUUGUUUGUUUGAUUGUGAAAAGUAUAAUUCGGAAAGUUCUGGAUUUUAUGGAUGUUUUUUAGUGUUGACGAAAUUAAGAAAUGACUAGAUUAUGGACCUAUGGCGGCAUUCUACGAUGCUGCAGCAGGACGUCCGGUUUUGAUAUUUUGUGUUCUGGAAAUGAAAUGGCCAUUUUUUAAAAAUUGAUUGUAGAUAGCUGCUGAACUAAGGAAGAGGCGGUGCUCCCUAGAAAUUCAAUCACAUUCUGUUUGGGAAGAAGUUGCAGUGUUCGUCUUGUGGCGGUUCCAAACGACGCGACUUUCAAGAAAAUCGCCCAGAAUGAGACACAUCUUUAGAUACACAAUGCGUCUGACCCUGUUUCUUCCUAUCCUACAACAUGUAUUAUUGUGUAUCUGAUGAGCUUUUACGUACGCUUGUACCCAAUAUACGAUGCUCUUCUCUUUGAAUGCGUGUUUGAAUAUGAUGUUUAAAAGUCUGCAGUCACCACUUUAAGUUGACAGUCAAAGAAAAAUGUGUUUUUCAUGGCCAAAAUAUUCAGGCUAUAUGUCCAAUGUAUCCGUGGUAUCUACUCUGUUCUAAGCCAAUGACAAGUAAAUUAGUGGAAAACGAAAUAUGUGUUACUUUCUUUGUUGAAGUUUAAGACUAUGAUUUGACAUACGAAAGGUGAAGAUCGAUGAAGCCAAGAAACUGGAGAACUUCUAACUUUAACUUUAACUCAUUGAUUAUAUGGAAACGGGACGUCGGUGUUGCCUGCGUCUUUGUUGUGAUGAGAAUCCAUUUUGACCGACCACGGUGCCCCAAAGCGUGUUGCUGACUGUGAGUAUGAAAAGUGGACUGCCAGUAAAACCGGUUACCGCACGGUUAAGUCGUUAGCCGUGCCUGCUGGCGAAAUUCGUCUGGGUGGACUUUUCGAAGGACAGCCUUUUUUGUCACUGCCCCUGACCUAACAAACAUCUCAACUAGCUACGUCUGCAGUCAUGGUUGGUUGACACCUUUCAUCCAGCCAAGGGAGGAGCGUCAUGAUCAGACCAUUAUUCCAUGCCACAGUAUUUUUCGGUAUCGGCCUGAUUACCAUCGGCUUGCUGUACGUGUACAAGCAGACAGCCACCCUGCACCUGGCGCGGAUAUUCGUCCGCCGUCCGAACACGACCAUACCCGAGAAUCUCCGACCACCGCCGAAUUUCAUAGACCGUCUGAUGGCGGAAAGAAAUGCACAUUUCAACAUGACAAACAUUUGGAAAACGCGGAACAUCACCAGGAAGUAUUUCAAUCCGAGGUUACACAUUAUCUAUUUCUCGGACUUCCACGUCUUCAUGCAACAGUGCGACCCUGAGACGUUCAGACUGCGCAACUCGCACCCGCGCCGCCCCAGACCCUGCAACGUGGUGUACACACCCAUCAAGCACUAUCGGACAUGCGCAGUGGUGGGUAACGGCGGUAUACUCCUCCAUAGCGGCUGUGGUGCUGAGAUAGACGCUCACGAGUUCGUCAUCCGUUCCAACCUGCCGCCUGUACAUAAGUACCGGAAUGAUGUAGGCAGUAGGACAGACUUAACCAUUGUAAAUGUUAAGAGACUAGUGCAGAUCGCGGACGACCUUCAGUCCUUCAACGCGACACUUCGGAAAGCCAUGCUAGCUCGUCUCGGCCAAUCAUCGAGGAUGAUCUUCAGUUAUUCAUUCGCUUUCAUCGGGUCGAAGGCGAGAUAUAGGAUGCAGAUAGUCGACACUGCCAUCAAGAAGAACAACCUGUCAACGGUAACAGCCUUUCCAUCCAGGUCGUUCUUGGAAAGCAGACGUUUAUACAGAGAGCUCGUGGGAAAACAAUGGAAGUUCGCCUCGACCGGCCUGAACACCUUCGCCCUGGCCUCCACCUUCUGUGACCAGAUCUCCAUGUACGGUUUCUACCCCAUGUCUAGAUACCAGAACAAGAGUGUCUCUUAUCACUACUACGACAAACUUCCGCCCAGUAGCCGGCAUGACUUUGACGAAGAGUAUGCCAUGUUACGGCAAAUGGACGAAGAUGGAAUCAUAAAACACGUAGUCGGAAAAUGUGCUAUACAUUCUGAAAAUGUAUCUGUACUGACUCCUUUUCAGGCUGUUGACAAUAUGAAUGCGUUAACACGAAGGCUUUUAUAACACAGUACCCUCAUGUAACCCUCCUUCUUAACAUAAAAAUCAUAUUUUCAGUAGGUUUACAUUCUAGAUCUCAUCUCAAGAGAUUUCGUCUUUCGUAUUUCUUAUGUGUCUGAAUCGAAGGAAAAUGCAUCUAUUUAUGACGGCAAUAUUAUGGCCAAAAUUGUGAAAGCAUUAAGACAAAGUAUGUGUUAUAAAGACCAAGAGGCGCGUUUUGCAAAUUGUCGACGGACAAUCAUUUUUCUCCUUAUAACUUCAAUUAAAAAACAU